GUUUUCUAAUAGUCUGCAAAAAGAUCAUUGCCUUUCCAAUUUUCCUGCUAAAUCCUGUGUCUUUGAAUCUCGUGUCGAGUUGAAAUUUUGGUGGGUUGUAUGUAUUGGCGCUGUCGUUCAUAUAUCUUGUUUCAUGGGACAGAAAGUUGAUAAAAUGGGGAAGCAGCAACCCAGAGACGAGCUGCUUUAUCUUGCCGCCGUUGCUGGAGAUGUGGAAGCCAUUAAAGCCCUUCGCCUAGAUGGUGCUGCCCUUGAGUGGAUUGAUAGAGAAGGAAAGACUGCCCUCAUUGUGGCUUGCAUGAAUCCGGGACUAAUUGGCGUGGCCAAAACUCUGAUUGAAAAGGGUGCCAAUAUCAAUGCUUAUCGUCCUGGGUGCAAUGCUGGGACCCCUCUCCAUCAUGCGGCAAAAAGAGGCCUGGAACAGACUGUAAAGCUGCUUCUCUCCCAUGGAGCAAAUGCUCUAGUGAGGAAUGAUGAUUGUCUAACUCCACUUGAUGUCGCUAGAAUGAAAGGGUACACAAGUAUUGUCCAUGCAAUUGAGAAUCAUAUUUGCUAUUUUUCUGGCUGGAUGAGGGAGUUCUAUGGUCCAGGCUUUCUUGGAGGAUUUUUAGCUCCACGGCUGUUAUCAAGAAAAAUAUGGGUUGUCAUAAUACCUUGUGGAUUUGGCAAUGCCAUUAAACCUCCCAGAUUUGAGCUUGCCAUAUAUUCUACAUUACAGGAUGCCCAGCCCCGGACUGUUAUUUCCCUUUUAAAGGCUGAUAUUGAGGAGCCCAAAUUCCAUAAACCAGAUCCUUCUAUUUCCAUAUUUGAUCAGUUAACCAAGACUCGAUUUAAGCUUGCUCCUGGGACUGAAGGUGACAAACAGCAGCUUCAAUGGCUGUACAGUGCAUGCAGGGGAAUUCCUCCGGCUAGGCCUUCCUUAACUGAUCAUGACAGCCAAAUCUUGAGCACAGCAUCCACACAUCAAAUUGCUUCAGAGGAUAGAAUUCAAGAUUCUUCAAAUAAUCACCAGAUUUCUGGGGUAGCUCAUUGGGAAAAUUCCACAAAUAUUGAGAAUUACAACGGGUGGGGUACACCUGCUGUUCCAGCACAUCCAGAGUCCAGUAGCAGUGCUUGGUUGCAUGAAGUGCCAAAGGAAGACUAUAAUGGGUGGGGUCUGCCUGAUUCUAAACCAGCUGGCAAGCAAAAUCUGGGUGUUGAUUCUGCACAUCUGAAGUCAAGUGGCUCUGGUUGGUUGGAUAAAGUGCCAAAGGAUGACUAUAAUGGGUGGGGUGUCUCUGAUUCUAGACCAAUUGGCAAGCAACGUCAAGGGAUCCAAACCCAGGUUGAUUUUCCUUCCCUUAUUGUCCAUGUCAGUAGUAACUUCAGUCCGUCCGUUUCCACAGCUCCAUCUGCCCCACCAAUUCCGAAUGAAGUCUUAGAUGAAGGGUCAAUUCUAUAUCCUUCAAUCGACCUCAAUCCUGUGAACAUGUCCAUUCAUCCUACAACAGAACAUGGGGCUUCUUCAACAACAAACAACCCAACAGAUGGAGGUGGUUCAUCCUCAUGUAUAAUAUGUUGGGAAGCUCCAGUUCAAGGUGCAUGCAUUCCUUGUGGUCACAUGGCCGGUUGCAUGUCUUGUUUAAAUGAGAUAAAGGCUAAGAAAGGUCUUUGCCCUGUCUGCCGAGCCAACAUUAAUCAAGUUGUAAGGCUCUAUGCGGUAUGAUGAAAACUCAUAGAUCUGUGGCUAGAAUUAUUUCAUGUGAGAUUGAACUUCUUGAACUUCGAGUUUUUACUUCCAAAUCAAUUGCAAAUAUGAUUAUACCAUUUCUUGUAUAGAAAGGUUAAUGAUACAUUACAUGUUCUUUUAUAUUAGCAUGAACACAAUAAAUUCCACCAUCAGCU